AUGAACGGGGUUCUCGCUGGCAGGGGGCCUGAGGAAUCUCUCGUGACGGCUCGAUCUCACGUCUCACGUCUCACGUCCUCUGCGAGGCCCAAUGGUGACCCCAGCGCCGACAUCAACCAGUUCCGGGACGAUGUCGAAGCAUUUCUCAAUGCCCGCCAUCCGCUUGGCUCGGAGAACACAGGACCAGCUCCGUCCAGCCCUCUCGCCAGUGCGAAACUAGUCAAGAGCACGACCUGGAACAAGUCGCCGGACUCGGUCUACAACGUGCGCUGGGCGACUUCUUCGGACAACACCAACACCGUGCCGGCGUACUAUCUUCGGUACCAGUCCAUCAGCAUCCAGGGAAAUCAAGUUCCGUUUGUCGACAUCCCGGCCAGACGCGAGGCGGAUUUCCUGUUUACCGGCGAGCUGGCGGGGUGCUCGCUGGUCGUCGUUCGCCGCGGUGAUGGCCUGCGCGUCUACCACGACUCUCGGUACUGCAGCUCCGUUCUGUAUGACAAUGUCGUGAUGGCCGUCGACUACUGUGACUACCGGGAGGCAUACGAGGAUCCCGUUUUGCGCAAAUUCGACCCGGCAACCGUCUUCAUGCACUGCCAAAACGGCACCUGGAAGCUGUACGCCCAGUUUCUACAGGAGAAUGAACAGCACAGCGGAGAGGUUGCCCGUGGGGACGUGCCGGAGUGCAAGCGGGUGCUGCGAUAUCGCGAUCGCGAUCAUUUCGUGGUCAAGACCCAGUAUGUGGCGCCCGACAUUGAGGCGGAUCGAGAAGUCCUCUACCAGGAACUCAAGAAGAUCGCCAUCGAGUACCUAGGGGCGGCCAAUGUUCCCACGACGCAGGAUGCUGAAUUCGCGGACUUUGCCCCGAACCAGCCUCCCAGUUUGAGUAACCCGGCCGUGGCUCGCACGGAGGCGCUGCGUCAAGCCAUGGUCCAACAUGGACUAGAAAACAUUUUCAAACAGAAAGUCGCCGAGAAAAAGGAGGAGGCCGCUCAACAGAAAGGCCGACCAGUGGACCCUACGCUUGAUCUUCACAGGGUGCACCAACGCCUCGAACUGGCCUUUCGGGUCUUCCUUAAGCGUUUGAGUGAUAGCAAAAGCACCGAUGCCACCUAUCUUUGGCUGAAGUUGAAGCAAGCGCAGAAUCUCCAGGCUGUGGUGGCUGAAUGAAGUGUGCCUGAUAUAUAUAAGGACGGCCUCAUUGGCGAUGGGGUUUGAAAUCGAGCGUUUUAGUUGUAGGAGGACAGAUUACUCAUAUUCGAUUUAC